CCUCUUGCCGUCAUGACUGCCUGUUUCUUUUAGCAACGGUACAUGGUGUCAGAAGUGCCGAAGCCUUGCCGUAAUGGCUACCGUCAAGCCUCCAGAGACGCUGCAGUUGUCGGGGAAUCAUACGCAUAAACUGGCAGAGGUUCAGGCAAAAACUGGAGCUUUUCCUUACUGCGACGCCCGCUAAACCACUGAGGACAGAAGCCACGAAGGCAGCAAUCAUCCUCAGCAUCGCUGGUGAAGAUGCCCUCGACGUCUAUAGCAACUUCUCCUUCACAGCAGGUCCCCGACUGCAGUGACAUCAUGAAGCUGCAGCAUAUAUUUCCCGCGCUGCUGUUGUGCCUGUCCGUGGCACAGGCAACGAUGCCGCCUUUCACAUGGCUGCCUAGGCUGUUCACUCCUCCGUCGCUGACCAACGUGCUGACCGGCCUGCUGCCAUUCCCACUGGCGCUGCCCCUGGCCCUUGUGGGGCCCAUGCCCUUUGCCCUGCCCCUCAUCGUCGGUCUUAAGGGUGCCGGCCUGCUGGGAUUGGGCGUCGCUACCGGAGGAGCCGCCGGCGCCGGCAUGGCCGGACUCGGUGCCAUUGGUCUCAAGGCUGCCCUGGUCAAUUCGGCCGCGCUCAAGAUCGCCGGAUUAGGCGCCAUGACGGCAAAGGCCAAGAUCGUCUCUGCUGCUGCCAAGGCCGCGGCCGAAGCCGGAGUCAAGGCGAUUGCGCACCAGGCCAAGUCGAAGAUCGCAGCGCCGCCCGCCGUGGCGCACGUGGCUCCCGUUGCUCCCGUGGCUCCUGUCGUAGCAGCACCAACCGUGCGUGUGGUCCCUCAAGUCACAGUCAAGAUUAUCAAGAAGCCGCCAGUCAUCACUGCCCGCCCCGUUGCGGUUCACCCGUGGAGGUUCACCGAAGCUCUGCCCACUGGAUGGGACCACUUCAUGACCUACGGACACCCGUACUUCGGAUACGGCUUCACCAGGAGUGCUAUUGAACUGCGCAGGCGCAGGGAGGCCCCCUCGACCAACGCUGCCCUGGAUCCGGCAGUCGGAAUGAACCCGCAGGUGCUCAAAAGCAUCUUCGAGUACGUGGCCAGCUACGACGCCGAGCGUUGCGUCCUGCGGGUCGUCUGCGAGGUGGCUGCCCAGCCUAGCCUGGCCGGACCCCAGGGCAAGAAUGUGGCGGAGUUCAUGACGUCACUGUCGAAAGACGACUCUGGCGCCCCCUGGAUUCCGUACCGCGACGCCGCUGUUACCGGACAGGUGUCGGCUAACCGCAAACAGUGCCAGGAGCGCUACCCGACGUGCUCCCAGUCCACCGAGGCACUUGUGGAAUUGGCACGAACCCGGAUCGCCCAGGCUUCGGAGUCCGUGAUCGGGGCCGCAACCAGGGUUUAAGC